UUUUUUUAUUGUGAUUUUUAUUUAUAUAGCUUUGGAUAUUGCUAUUCCAUUCUGGAUGAUGUUGUUGCCGGAUCGCUUCCCAAGAUUGGAGAUGUGGUGCGAUUUUGUUCAAAACAAGUAUGGUCGAUCCAUAUCCAAGGAUACCUGGUACUUGCUUUUGGAUUUUGUUAAUCAAGUAGACUCCCAGUUCUCAAACUAUGAUGACGAGGGUGCAUGGCCUGUUCUUAUUGAUGACUUUGUGGAGUAUGGUCGUACGACCUUGGAUCAGGAUUAGAUCAGUCGAGCCAUUUCAAUUCAUUAAAACCUUAAAAAAUACGCU